AAACAGCCCAGCGGUGUUGCGCUAAAAAGUAAAACCAUUUCAGCAUGGUGGAAGAAGGCUUGCUGUUUUUCACAGAAAUUUUCCCUUUCUUACUGUUCAAAGAUGCUUCGUUGAGCAGAAAUGAAACUCUUGGAUUGUGUAAAAAUAAACUGCCGUACCAAGAAUGUGUUACGGAACGGUUUCCAUGUUCAUAUUUGACAUUUUUCGAUGGAAACGAAGUUUCAUAUUGAAUGUGAAAUUUUAUACAAGAAUAUGAACAAGACAAAGGACGCGAAGAAAUUAAAUUACCCUAAUGGCACAUCUUGAUGAAAGGCAGUCGCAUCUUUCCUGGAGUAAAUUUAACUUAGAACACUUUGUACAUAAGCUGGCUUGGAACGGCAUGGAAGAAGGAAUCACCGAAAUAUUUCAGGGUGAAAUGGUUUACCUUUGAAUUAAAUGAUCCUCGCCUGAGAAAAGUGGAUUUACCGACAGUGCAGUAGAAGAGCUUGCUUGAAGCACUUUCAUGGUAGCAGAAGAACUACUUUAGAAGGUUGAAUGGAACCAAUGAAAGAUGAGGGUACUAAUUAAUAUAAACUAACGUUCGUUCGACAUAAAUUUACGAAAGAAAAAAGGCCAUUGGCUGCGUAAAAUAUUACGACUCAUUAUUUAAACACUUGAUUGAUGUUGUGUUUAACGUUUUGAAAAUUUAAUGUUUUACCCUAACGUGUUGUGGAAAAACUGACAGAACUACGUGGCAUUUUUCAAACACCUUGCCAAUGUAAUCGCAUCGAAGUCAUGAUUAGUUGAAGUACAAAAGCCAAUAGUUCGGUGCAAGAUAUAAAUGCAACAAUGUCAAGUCCAGCGAAGCAGAUGUCAACAUCUAGAAAGCUUCCACCUUUACCUGGAUCACGUUCUACCUUAUCAUCUAAAGGUAGCUCUUCGUCGACAUCAAGCACAUCAACGUUAUCGACUAAAGCUGGCACUUCCGCGACAUCAAGCCCAACACAAACGUUGUAUUUUAACGAAAAGAGGAUGGCCGAUAGAGGAGUUAAAGAACUUUCAAAGAAUCUAAACGAUGGCCCUUUCAAACCAGCUCUUUUGUCGACAAGUUUGGAUAAAGCAAACACAAAAGACGGAAGUGCCAAACACAUUGAUGCUAAAGACAUACGAACAUUUCUUCAUUACAAUCCCGCAUUUCUUGACGAUUUUAUCAUGACAAAUGUCGACGAAGAGCGCUUGGAAAGAUGGUUGGUGAAAAAAACUGGAAAACAGGAAAAACGAAAAGCUUGUAUACCGUCAGCAGAUAAAGCAAUACCGAAAGUAAAAGAAAAGGCGCCGCUCUCAAAAUGGAAGUUUUGUGUGAAGAGUCAAGAUAAGAAGAAGAUUUUGUUUGAAGAGCUUAAAAAAAUUGCUGAUCAAUCGACGACCACGGAGAACAUUGUUUACGAGUUGGUGCAAUGUCUAGCUCUGGCUUCUCGCGCUGACUCUUAUGCUCUUUAUCUAAUGGAUAACAACAAAAAGGAGAUGUAUCUUUACAGUGACGGGGGAAGGACUUCGAGAAAGGUUUCAAUCGAAAAUGGUGAAACUAUCGCAGCUUUUGUUGCCAAAGGCAAAACGUCAAUACGGACUGAUGAAGUUCUAGCGGAUUCAAGAUUUCCCAAAGGAAUAGGUGUUGAGGAAAGCACUGCGCAGUCUGUAAUUUGUCAACCAAUCAUGGCGAGCAACGAAAGUCUCGUAGGAGUUGUAGAGUUGACAAGGCGGGUCGGCCACGAACCGUUCAGCGAUGAGGAGGAAGAAAUUGUAAACAGUUAUCUUGUGUGGGAAUUAUCUUGUGGGUGGGGAGGUUUUAUCCUUUAUUACGCAGAAGCGUUAAAUUCCAUGUCGAAACACAAAAAACUCAGUGAAUUUUUGCUCACAGUCACACGGUCGAUAUUCCAGGACAUCGUCAGUAUGGAUACCGUAAUCAUGAAGAUAAUGAAUUACGCUCAAACUUUGGUUGACGCUGAUCGGACAUCGUUAUUCUUGGUCGAUUCAAAAACGGAUGAGCUUUACGCUAGAAUCUUUGACGUUGGUGGUUCGCCGGAAGAAUCAAUGGCAGAAAACUUAAAGAAAGAAAUCAGGUUUCCAAAAUCGAAAGGUGUUGCCGGCUAUGUAGCUACAUCUGGUGAAACGCUUAACAUCACCGAAGCUUAUAAGGACAAACGUUUUAACAGGGAAAUUGAUUUACAGACGGGCUAUACAACCAAAACAUUGUUAUGUAUGCCGAUAUUCAUCAGAGGAAACAUAAUCGGAGUUGUACAAAUGGUGAACAAAAAGAAAGGAGUCUUUACUGCUGAAGAUGAACAUUCGUUUCAAACAUUUGCUACGUAUUGUGGACUGGCUCUACAUCACGCUAAGCUCUAUGAUAAAAUCAGAAGAUCAGAACAGAAAUACAAGGUUGCCCUGGAGGUUCUCUCCUAUCACUCCAUGUGUACGGACGAGGAGAUGAGGGAAUUGAACAGGAUACAGCAGACGCAACUUCCCGCAAUCGAUCGUUUCUGUUUCGAUGCUUUUAGCGUGGAACAGAUGGAGAUGGUGGAAAUGGUUAUUCAGAUGUUCAAGGAACUUUUCUCCCUCAAAAUGUUUGAUGUCGACGAACUAACGAAAUUUACACUGACAGUACGACGUAACUAUCGAAAAGUUCCCUAUCAUAAUUGGACUCAUGCUUUCUCCGUUGCCCAUUGUAUGUUUAUGAUUCUAAGGAAAGCUUCGUCAAACUUCACCUUAACAGAGUCCCUAGCAUUGUUCGUCGCGUGCUUAUGUCAUGAUUUGGAUCACAGAGGACGAACGAACUCGUGGAUGAAGAAAGAAGGCACGGCCUUGGCUUCUGUUUAUACAACAUCUCCUCUUGAACAUCAUCAUUUCAAUCAAACAAUAACAAUCCUUCAACACGAAGGUCACAACAUAUUCUCCAAAUUCUCAUCUUCCGAGUACAAAUCGAUCUUGGGUCAUAUCAAAUACUGUAUCCUCGCCACGGAUCUGGCUGUUUUCUUUGGAAAUAAAGGAAAGUUAAAGCAACUUCUUGAUGCAAAGAAGUUCUCGUGGAAGGAAUAUGAACAUACAAAGUUGGUUCAAGCUAUAGCGAUGACUGGGUGUGAUCUGUCUGCUUGUACAAAACCUUGGACAGCUCAAUUCGCCACAGUUACUGUCAUUUUUCAAGAAUUUUACGCGGAGGGAGAUGAGGUUAAAAGACAAGGAAGUCAACCUAUUCCCAUGAUGGAUAGAGAUACCGCUGAAGAUUUGCCGGCUCAUCAGGUUGGAUUUUUGGUUGGUAUAUGCUUGCCUUGCUAUGAAAUGCUUCACGAUUUGUUCCCUCAUACUGGUGCUUUGCUUGAAGGUGCAAGAGCCAAUUUAAAACGCUGGUCCGAACUUGUUGCGAAAAAGAAACCAGGUGAACAGGAACAAUCUGACGAAUAAGAAAAUGAAAUCGAAGAUGGGGCAUAAAAACUCUGAAAAAGAAGUUAAAACAGAAGAUGAAAUACCAAUGAAAAAUGAAUCUUUGUAGCAUGAUCCCUUUCAGAAGAAGAAAGAAAUGGCGAAAUGUACUAAAACGUCUGUAAAUAUUUAUUCAAGUGACGAAGGAUAGUUUGUGAUCCGGAAACGAUAAUGAAAUGUUUUAGAACGCACGAACCAAUCACCGAACAGUAUCAUAUAACUUGUAAAUACAUGUCAACGCGUAUGUGUGCCUCAAAAGAGACUGGGAACGAGUAUGUGAACAAAGACCUCAAAACUUGUAAGGUAACAUUUCGUUAUGAGUAAAGAAUUGAUGCGCAGUACUUCAUGUUACUAUCUCAACAUUACAUCAUGCCAGGACAUUGCAGUACAUCUAAGUACAUUCCUUCUUUUUUUUCUUUUGGCUUCUCCUCCUAGACGCCACGACGGCAAAUUGUCUUUUCUACAUCUGUUUCUGUCUAAUGAAACUUCUUGUCUCAAAACUAAUUUCAUGUCUAUAUGUCUUGCAUCAAUAUAUUUAGUCGUAUAUUUAGUUAUUUUCUGAAUCUCAAAUCUAA